AUGACGACCUUUCCAAAAGCCUUCAUCGCCGUCAUUGUCAAGAGCUUGCUCCGUGGCAAGUCUCUGAUCCAGGCCAUUUUGGCCUACUGCAUCGCUCCCAUCAAGUCCGACCCCUCCUCCGCCUUAGUGCGCGCGCCUUCGGCCAAGAGUCUCCAAGAAUUCCUCAAGGAUGCCGAGGCCGCCCUGCUCGGCCCCGUCAGCGGCCAUGGCCUGCUCGACUUGUCCGCCGGCUUGAAGAAGCAGUUCUUCGAGCGGCUGCAGACAGACAUGCAGUGCAUGCUGCCUUCCUACAGCCACCGGCUCCCCACAGGCAACGAGUCUGGGCAGUACGUGGCCGUCGAUGUCGGCGGCUCGACGCUGAGAGUCGCCCUGGUGGAACUGCGGGGCCGCGAGGCUCACCAGGGCAAGCAGAGCGACAUUGUCAGCAUGCGCAACUUCCGCAUCGCCAAGGCCAUCAAGGACCUCGAGGGCAUGGCCUUUUUCGACUGGAUGGCCGAGAAGAUACGGGAGACGCUGUCGACGGGCCUCAGCCGCGAGCACGGGCCCGACAAGCCGAUACCCCUGGCAUUGGCAUGGAGCUUUCCCCUUGAGGGCUUGGUCGGCGAGGACCUGGGCCGCAUCGUCAAGUCGGCCUGUGAGCACUGCGGCCUCAACGUCGAGCUGCGGGCCAUCCUCAACGACUCAAGCGCCUGUCUGCUGUCGCGGGCCUACUCGUACACGUCGACCCGCUUCGGCCUCAUCCUCGGCACCGGCGUCAACAUGGCCGCCUUCCUCCCCGUCAGGGGCAUCGGCAGGCCCAAGUUUGGCGUCCGGCCCGACGGGUGGUUCGACCAAGCGAGCCACGUCAUUGUCAACACGGAGCUGGGCAUGUUUGGACACGGCAUCCUACCCAUGACGAGGUGGGACCGCCAGCUGACCAAGGGGCACCCCCGGCCUGACUUUCAACCGUUGGAGCACCUGGUCAGCGGCAUGUACAUCGGCGAGAUUGUUCGGCUGGCCCUCGUCGAGGCCAUUGCUGCCACCGGGAUGCUGGGCGGCGUGGUCCCGCCAUCUCUCGAGAACCCCUAUUCCUUGGGCGCCGACACCCUCUCUCUAAUUGAAAGAUGGGACAGUGAUGGCACAUCCGAACUUACCGAGGCCAUCAAGAUAUUUUCCCAACGGCACCCCUCGUCUCACACACCCACCACCUCGGACCUCGUUGCCGUCAAGGCCCUCGCAUCCUUUGUCUCGGUGAGAUCCAGUGCCAUUGUUGCCACCUGCGUCUUUACCAUGUGGUACUGUCGACUCGAGGCCGAGGAAGCCACGACUGUUGCGUUUAAUGGCAGUGUAAUUGAAAGCUAUUCGGGGUACCUCGGCAGUUGCCAACGAUACGUGGACGACUUGGUCGAGAGCAAGGGCCUGGCCGAGCCCCGGAGCAUUCACCUUGUCCCGGCCAAGGAGAGCUCCUUGAUGGGAGCGGCAGUGGCGCUGGCGUGCGUUGAGCGGGACGACUGA